UACGACCGUGCGAUUAUUCCGUCUACUGAGCGGAGGACGUAGUCAAUGCCUCGCCUGCAUCAAGCGCUGUGUUUGUACUUUAGUCUGCAACGCGCCGUCGAAACGGUCGGUCGUGUUUACGCGCUCAAUUAUUUAACAUAGCUGAUUGAUAAUAUUUAAAAAAUAAUAGUUGUAAUUAUAGUGUUGUUGCAUUCCUUAGUGAAAUUCUUCGUUUCUAAUAAACUAAUUUAGUUUAGUAUAGUGCUAUCGUUAUAGACCUUUAAACAAGCUUGAUGAACUGUGAUCGUGUUUUGGAUUUUGAACAUUAGUAAAAAAGUGAGAUACACCGUAUGCGAAGUGUAGAAAUGAGCGGAUUGACCAUCAGAUCGAAAAGGGGUUCGAGGGGUAGUGCUACACUUCUCGAGGCAGCAAACCGAAUUCUGAAGUUACUCGGCGUUAGUUCCACAAAACGCGGGAAACAAUCUUCCUCAAAAUCAAAGCCGAACAGUCGUGCCGCCAGUGAGGUACGGGCUCCUUUGGCAACCACAGAGUCCGUAGUCGAGUCACCGAUCAAAAUGCAGGCCUCCCAAGCAGCCGCAACACCUGUCCCGACUCCUACAUCAACACAUUCUUCAAAUCAGUCUUUCAGACAUGCAAAAAGAACAGCAAAAGAUUACAUAUUUGGAAAAAUGAUUGGCGAUGGCUGUUACAGCACAGUAUUCUUGGCUAAAGAUAUUCAUACUGGAAAGGAGUAUGCAAUUAAAGUUUGUGAAAAAAGUUUCAUUAUACGCCAACAGAAAGUGCAGUAUAUAAAACGAGAGAAAGAUGCUCUGAAUUUGCUCUCAAAUGUCCCUCACGGAUUUGUGAAACUUUAUUGCACUUUUCAAGAUGAAGAAAGGCUGUACUUCGUACUUUCAUACGCAAAAAACAGUGAAUUAUUAAAACGUAUCAAUGAAGUAGGUUCGUUUGAAAUAAACGUAGCGAAAUUUUAUGCUGCGGAACUUCUGCUAGCUCUAGAAAAAAUGCACGCAAAAAGAAUAAUUCAUCGUGAUCUGAAGCCUGAAAAUAUAUUGCUAGAUGAAAAUAUGCACUUAAAAAUUGCUGACUUCGGAACAGUAAAAAUUUUGAAUAAUAACAAUAUAGCAUCAGACGUACCAAUACCAGAAGAUGAACAGAAUUCCUCAAACGAUCGUUCAAGGAAAGUAAGCUUUGUCGGUACUGCUCAAUAUGUCAGUCCAGAGCUCUUACAACACCGUGUAGAUACCUAUGCAUCAGAUUUAUGGGCACUGGGCUGUAUCAUUUACCAAAUGAUAUCUGGCUUGCCGCCAUUUAGAGGACCAACAGAUUUUCUUACUUUCCAAAAAAUUCUAAAAUUGGAUUACGAAUUUCCGGAAGGUUUUCCAGCUGAUGCUAAAGACUUGGUAGAAAAACUCAUUGUUUUGGACCAUAAUAAGAGACUAGGAGCUAGCGACCAGGGUGGAACUUAUGAAAGUAUACGUAACCAUCCAUUUUUUGAAGGUAUUGACUGGGAAAAUAUAUGGGAACAAACUCCUCCAAAAAUUAGCCCAUACUUACCAGGUGGAUCCUUUGAAGAAGAAUACACUGUACCUGAUUAUCUAGAACCUGGAUUAGACAAACGUAAAAUUGUAGAAUUAUGGGAGUUGGAUUUGUCUACAUCUAGAGGAAUCUUAAAUAUUAGCCCCGAGGAGAAACGACGUCGCCUUGAAAUUCAAGCGCGUGAAAAUAUAUGGCAUAAAUUCGUUGACGGAGAGCUAAUAUUAAAACAAGGUCUGGUAGACAAAAGAAAGGGUCUGUUUGCUAGACGUCGUAUGUUAUUGUUGACAACUGGUCCACGCCUAUUUUACGUCGAUCCUGUCAACAUGGUCCUUAAAGGAGAGAUUCCGUGGUCACCAGAACUACGUGUUGAAGCGAAGAACUUUAGAAUAUUUUUAGUGUACACGCCAAAUCGUACAUAUUAUUUAGAAGAUCCGCAGUCCUAUGCCCUGGAAUGGGAAAGGGUCAUAAAUGAAGUACGCAUCGGCACAUAUGGACGGGAUGCGACUUAGACGGCGGCGCGCCCGCCGAGCCGAGUCGCGCCCGUGUCGGGCUGCGCGCCCGCAUUCCUCCCGCUCUCCGCACGGCGAGUGCACACUUCUAGGAUAUAACUAGCCUUCAUUUUGAGCACGAAAAUCAUCCAGAAAAAUCUUUCGCGACGUAAACGAUUCGUCUCCUGACUUAAAUCAGUGAACAAUCCUUUAAGUUUGCAAAAGCCAGCGUCGGACGGCCGUACCCGGCGCACUAAAGUCCGGACGCACGGAGCACACGCACCCGUCGACGCGCCCGCUCUGGAGAAGAGGACACAAGAAGACGACGUCAGUUGCCGAUCGAUCAGUGUACUGACUCUGAAUGACUGAUUCCUACUAGUAUGUCCCGACAAUCUUAAAUUAUUAUUGUUCUAAUUUAAGUUAAUUAUUUAAUUGUGGAUAUACCUGCGGUAAUUUGUAAAUAUUUGUUGUAAUUUAUUAUUGAAAUUGUUAGGUGUAAUGUGUAUUCAAGGGCCGUUAUUAACUUAAAUUUAUACUGGCCUUGAGUAAGAAUGGACUUGUUAUUCGCCACCCGCGUGUUCACGCAGACCAUUCCAGUUGGUAACUAGGCAAUUAUUAGCAAAAUUAAUAAUUAUUUAUUUUAUUCUUAAUUAUUUGCCAACGGAAUGUGACUGUUGUACAGAUAUUAAACAGUAGAUAAAUAUAUACGAACAUAUGAGUUAUUUCAAGCUGCCUGUAAUGAUAUAAUGGAAUGACGGAUUAUUUAAUUUUAAGUAGCUAUUUUUAUAAUUAUGAGGGCAGUCCAGUAAAGUUAUUGAAAUACUUCUAUGAGAAAGAAUACUUAUUGAGGAUUAUUAACCUUCAUAAUUAUACACAAACAGGGUUAAUAUUUCACAUAUACCUGUUUCGGUUAACAACUUUAAUUUAAAUGAAAUAAAAUCAAAGGCAAAAUUUCAAAUGUAAAUUAAAGAACCAAAUGUCAUAUUUUAUGUUAGUUUCCUACCCAUUAAUGUAGUGAAAUAUAAGUUUGAAAAUUUUAGUGAUGAUACAACAUAUUUAUUAGAUUAUUAUAUCUGUUGUAUAUCUAUAUUAACAUGUUCAUUGUCCAUUCAAAGACAUUUGGCUUGAUACAGUGAGUUUGGUGCCUAGUUGCAAUUUAUAUACAACAGAUUGUGCUAGAACUUCUGUUUUUGAGUCUGAAGCACCAGGACUCCAUAAAAAUGGAGUUUCAAAACCUCAUGUCCUUCUUGAUUGGGACAGAGAACAUGUUAAAUUUGCCUUAGAUAGCAUCAGCAUACUCAUGCCUUGAGUGCUGUAAUUGCAUACCAUGCACUAUAGUUUUAAUUUAGCUAAAGAAUACCGAAAUACCACCAAAGGUGGUCAUAAUGUGGUUUAUUAGGAAUUUGGACCAUAUUUGAUUUAAAAUCUAGCCAUUUGAUUAAUUUCAAUUUGGCCAAACUUGCAAAUGACUAGAGAGCUUUAUUCAUAUUUAUGUUAAUUUUUUUUUAAGUAUUGUUUGUUUAAAAUUAAAAGCAAUUGGAACUUUCAGUGUCAUGGUAUUCCAUGGAUAUUUUUUCUUGUUUUCUGUUGCAAAUGUUAUGUUGUAUCCUUUAACUUAAUUAAGUUAAAUGCCUUAACUUGCCUGGAAUUAUUUAUUUCAGUGGGGGCUUACUAUAUGGGAUAAAAUCCAAGAAUCUAUUAGAAAAAUAUAAAAUCUAGGAGUAAUAGAAUAUCAGAAAUUAAUAACCAAUCUACAAUUAGGGUGAAUUGGCCAUCAACACAAAUUGGGACUACUCCAUGACAUUAUUAAACUAUCUGCAUUUAAAAUUUAAUAACUUAACUUUACUAGUUAUAUUUUAAAACAUUUGUAUUGCAUGAAUUCCAUAAAGUAACUAAGUAAAUAAGAAAUUGAAAAUAAAUUGAAGUUGAUUUUUU